CACUGAGUGAAUCUUCCUCUCUUUCUUCAGCAAUUUCCCGGCUUCCGCGAUUUUGCUUUGUAGCGCCGGACCGGAGAAGAUAAAACCCUAGCUCCGCCACUCACAGGGAGUUCCAGUUUACACCAACUGCUUCUGCUGCUUCGUAUAGUCGUUCUCUACACGAUGAACUGUACAAUUUCCGGAGAAAUUCCCGAGGAGCCAGUUGUUUCUACGAAGUCAGGUUUGCUCUUCGAGAGGCGAUUAAUAGAAAGGCAUAUAUCGGAUUAUGGGAAGUGCCCGGUUACUGGAGAACCUCUUAGCAUUGAUGACAUUGUUCCCAUCAAAACUGGGAAGAUCAUAAAGCCAAAACCAUUGCAUACAGCUAGCAUCCCUGGAUUACUCGGAACGUUCCAGAAUGAAUGGGACGGUUUAAUGCUAUCAAAUUUUGCACUGGAGCAACAACUACAUACUGCUAGGCAAGAGCUAAGUCAUGCCUUGUAUCAGCAUGAUUCUGCUUGUCGUGUGAUUGCUAGACUUAAAAAAGAAAGAGAUGAAGCACGCCAAUUGCUUGCAGAGGUUGAAAGACAUAUACCUGCAGUCCCAGAAGCUGUGAUAACUAGUGCUGCUAUGAGUAAUGGUAAACGAGCUGCCGGUGCUGAAGAAAUGGGUCCUGGCGCGAAGAAAUUGUGUCCUGGCAUUUCAGCUGAAAUUAUCACGGAAUUGACAGAUUGUAAUGCUGCUCUUUCCCAGAAGCGCAAAAAGCGACAGAUUUCUCAAACAUUGGCUUCAAUUGAUGCUUUGGAGAGGUUCACUCAGCUAUCAAGCCACCCACUUCACAAGACCAACAAACCGGGCAUCUGUUCAAUGGACAUUCUACAUUCUAAGGAUGUCAUUGCUACUGGAGGGGUUGAUUCAACUGCUGUUAUCUUUGAUCGCCCUUCAGGGCAAAUCUUGUCUACACUGACUGGCCACUCGAAAAAGGUUACAAGUGUAAAAUUUGUAGGAGACACUGAUCUUGUUUUGACUGCUUCGGCUGACAAGACAGUCCGUAUCUGGCGGGAUUCUGGGGCUGGGAACUAUGCUUGUGGGUAUACAUUGAAUGAUCACUCUGCAGAGGUGCGAGCUGUAACUGUACAUGCCACAAAUAAAUACUUUGUGUCGGCAUCUCUUGACAGUACAUGGUGCUUCUACGAUCUUUCCUCUGGCAUAUGCCUUGCAAAGGUAUCGGAUGAUUCAGAGAAAGUAGAUUACACGGCAGCUGCUUUUCAUCCUGAUGGUCUCAUUCUCGGAACCGGUACUUCUCAAGCUGUUGUCAAAAUUUGGGAUGUGAAAAGUCAGGCAAAUGUGGCGAAGUUUGAUGGACACACAGGGGAAAUUACCUCAAUAUCUUUCUCUGAAAAUGGUUAUUUCCUUGCGACUGCUGCCGAGGAUGGUGUUAGGCUGUGGGACCUGCGCAAGUUAAGGAACUUCAAGUCAUUCUUAUCUGCAGAUGCAAACUCUGUGGAGUUUGAUCCUAGCGGAUCGUAUCUUGGUAUUGCUGCAUCAGAUAUCAGACUAUACCAGACGGCGAGUGUGAAAGCUGAAUGGAACCUUAUCAAGACACUCCCAGAUCUCUCCGGCACUGGUAAAGCUACGUGUGUGAAGUUUGGUCCAGAUGCACAAUACGUUGCUGUUGGUUCAAUGGACCGUAACCUACGGAUAUUUGGUCUUCCUGGGGACGAGAAAGCCGACGCCGAAGAUGACUCUGCACAAGACUCGUGAAGAAUCCGAUAAAAAACUUAGUCAGAAAUGUUCAUCUCCGGUUACAUCUCCCUCGAAUCUCAACUUCUGUUGUGUCUUACAGUUUUCACAGCUAUGGGGAAAAUUUGGUAGUUGUGAAUCGUUGAAUUCAAACGAUCACACUCGCACACACUUGAGUUUUCUUACUCUAUUUCUCCAUCUGAUAGGCUCUUUCUAAUAUCUGUCUUUUGUACCCUAAAAAUCUGUACCAAAUUUGUUCUUUCCGUUGCCACUCAUCGAAACUAAGAUGAAGUUAAGACGUUUUUCAGUGUAGAGUCUAAACCGAUCGGGUUAGAUCGGAUUUGGUACUACUUAGAGCUCUCUGUUCUAUACCAAGGUCGUUUGCUUA